CCGGCAAGUGCAAUUGAAGGAGGACGAGAACUUUCUCGCACAGUUUUACAUGUUGGUGGGCUACCCAAAUCUGUGACGAAAACUACCCUAAGGGAGCUCUUUCUACCCAUAGGUUCUCCUAUACUGACCAUCAAGCUUUUCAGUGAUAAAAACAAAUCUGAAUUCCAUUACUCUUUUAUCGAGUUUGGCUCACAUUCAUCUGCUGAAAGUGUAUUUAAGUCAUUUAAUGGUACACUGGUGGCCGGCUGCCCGAUAAAAGUCUCAUGGGCUUUCCAAACCCAACGCUCAAAAUCCAACAACCUUCACAAUCUUUAUGUAGGGGACUUAUCGCCAGACGUAAAUGAUGAAACGCUUGGUCGGUUUUUCAAUAAUUACAGAUCCUUUGUUCAAGCAAAUGUGAUGUGGGAUAUGAAAACAGGAAAAUCGCGGGGAUAUGGAUUUGUAUCAUUCCAGGAUUUUCAAGAUGCACAAAAGUGUCUUUAUGAGAUGAAUGGAGUUAUGCUUGGAGGAUGGCCAAUAAAAAUAAACACAGCAAGCCGCAAAACAGAUCAUUAUCAGACUUCAUCCCACUACAGGCUCUCUAUGCACUCUGACUUUUCGACCAUACAGUCGCAUCCCCUGGACAUUCCCUCCAUUAGUCCUGCACAACUUUAUCACAUAAUAUACCACCAGACCCCUUCUUGGAACAACACUAUUUACCUUGGAAAUUUAGUAGGAUACGUGACGCAAGAGCGACUCAUUUCUUUAUUGCAGAAAUUUGGCUAUAUCAUUGAUUUUAAACUGUGUUCCGAAAGAAGAUGUGCCUUCAUAAAAUUUGACCGCCAUGAGCAUGCUGUUGAGGCAAUUUUGCGGCUGAAUGGAAUGGUCAUAAAUGGCACUCGACUUAAGUGUAACUGGGGUAAACAA